AUGAAUACUUCACAACGAACUCCUAAUGUAUUUGAAACAAUUUCAAAUGCUUUUAAUACUUUAGAUAGAAAACUUGAAAAAGAGGUUAAAGAUCAUCUUAAGAAAGUAUAUGGAACAUUAGCAAUUUCUAUGUUUACAGCAGCAGCUGGAGCAGCUUUUAAUAUAUACUUUGAAUUAUACAAUUUACAAUUUAUAUUUGCACUUAUAUCUUUUGGAACUCUUAUUGCUAUCCCAUCAAUUCCAGCUACAUUAGAAAAUGAAAAUAAAAGAUUUGGAUAUUUUAUGGCUUUUACUUUUUCUUCAGGAUUCUCACUUGGUCCAAUAAUUGCUUAUUAUGCUUCUAUCAAUGCUAGUAUUAUAGUUAAUGCUUACCUGGUUACAUUGAUUGUCUUUUCUAGUUUUACAUUAGCAGCUUUAUAUGCUGAAAAUACCAAAUAUCUUCAUCUUGGAGGAACUUUAGUUUCAGCAUCAUUUGCUUUACUAAUUACCACACUCUUUUUUAGAUCUACAUUUUUAAGUGGUGCUAUUAUUUGGGGAGGAUUAUUGAUUAACUGUGGAUUUAUUUUAUAUGAUACUCAAUUAAUUUGUGAAAAAAGACGUAUGGGAAAUAAUGAUUACAUCUGGCAUUCGGUAGAACUUUUUAUUGACUUUGUAAAUGUAUUUAGAUACAUAGUAAGAAUACUUGGAGAAAAAGAAAAAAGAAAUGAUAGAAGACGUGGAGAUUAA